ACAACUAUAAUUUUUUUUAAUCAAAAUCCGGUUCUUUUAUUUCUCCAAGGAAUUGAUCAUAGAAGGCAAGAACAUGUCUGGACUAUACAAUUCCAACUUCUCACCUGCAAGAGCUGCUUCUCCUCAAAUUAGAAGCACUCCAGAGGUUGAGAGUCAGUACUUAUCAGAGCUGUUGGCAGAGCAUCAAAAGCUUGGACCUUUCUUGCAAGUUCUUCCGAUAUGUAGCCGACUGCUAAAUCAAGAGAUAUUUCGGGUCUCGAGAAUGAUGUCCAACCAAGGGUUUGGUGACUUCGACCCGAUGAGGCAUAGAAGCCCCAGUCCCAUGGCUUCUUCAAAUCUUAUGUCAAAUGUUUAUGGGACAGGAUUAAGUAGUUGGAAUAGCCUUCCUCAAGAGAGAUUAAGUAGACCUCCUGGAGUGACGAUGGACUGGCAAGGUGCUCCGGCAAGCCCUAGUUCAUACAGAGUGAAGAGGAUUUUGCGUCUUGAAAUUCCUGUUGAUACAUAUCCAACAUUCAAUUUUGUCGGUAGACUGCUAGGCCCUAGAGGCAAUUCAUUAAAGCGGGUAGAAGCUACUACCGGCUGCCGUGUAUACAUUAGAGGCAAAGGAUCAAUAAAGGAUCCAGACAAGGAAGAGAAGCUGAGAGGCAGAACUGGAUACGAGCACCUGAAUGAUCCACUUCACAUCUUGAUCGAGGCUGAUUUACCUGGUAACGUUGUUGAUGUAAGGCUUAGACAGGCGCAGGAAAUCAUAGAGGAGUUACUCAAACCUGUGGAAGAGUCGCAAGAUUUUAUCAAGAGGCAGCAAUUACAUGAACUGGCAAUGCUAAAUUCAAAUUUCAGAGAGGAGAGUCCGGGUCCAAGCGGCUGUGUUUCUCCAUUUAAUACCAGUGGAAUGAAACGCCCCAAAACAGGAUACUAAGAGUUUAACCAUGAAUCAUCCGGAGAAGUUCGGUCACUGCUAUAGAAUUUCAGAGCCAAGUAUACCUUCUGAAUUCUGAUACAUGCCAAUUAAGCACAGCUUGAAAAUAUUAGGUUAACAGUUUUUGGUUAUUUUGAUUUUCGGAAAAAAGGAUAAAAGAGAGAAGAAAUAUGUAGUUUGGAUCUUAAGUAUAGGUUUGGUGAGGCCAGUUUUCAUGUAAACUCUUUUCAUUGGAUUUAUUCUUGUGGUAGAGUGCAGAAUAUAAGGUGGGUUUGAGUUUUGUAGGGGUGUGGUGAUUGUCGCCAUUUUCUCUCAUUUGUAGUUUAUAUGAAGAAGCAAAGCAGUGUAAGUUGGGUCUACAAAGAAUGUACUCUCAUUUUGUUCAUAUGGAUCUUAUCUUCUUCUUUA